AAAGACCAUAAUCGUCGCAAUAGGUUACCUGGACAGUACAAACUUCCCCAUAGCCGCCAUGUUUGCGAACGAAUACGAAGCGAGGGGCUACAACGUGAUAUUGGUGGAUAAUCAGCGGUUUGCCACUGUCCAUUAUUUUUUAGCAACGCGCCUGAUGCGUCCGGUCGGCAAACACGUAGCAGAAAUAUUAGUACAAUUAACCCAUUCCGGUCUAGACCCCGCAAAAACUGAAUUAUUAGGUUUCAGUCUAGGCGGUCAAACUAUCAGCUAUAUAGCUAAAAAUUACCAACAAAUGACUGGAACGAAUAUAUCCAGAAUCACAGCUUUAGAACCGGCGGGACCUUGUUUUAGAACUUUGUCGUCGCAAGAGCGACUUGACGCUUCUAAUGCGGAUUUCGUCCAAGUAUUACAUACUAAUAUCGACGGUUUUGGUAUGGCAACACGGAUGGGACAUGUUGAUUUUUAUAUAAACGGCGGGGAAUAUCAACCUUCUGAUAUCAACUUUUAUCCGUGCUCUACAAUUUGCAGCCAUUUUAGUAUUUUGCCUUUGUGGCUAUCCGUUAUGAAAAAUCCGGAUAAAUUUAUAGGAAUCAAAUGCAAUAAUAUCCAAGAGGCAAGGGACGCUGCGUGCUAUAAUAAUAUUCCAUUAGUCACUAAUGUAAUGGGGGAUAGUGUAGAUAUUAAUAAUCAUGGCAUUUUUUAUGUAUCCACGGAUAAAGCGUAUCCAUAUUAUUUGGGAAAGAAAGGAUUGAAACAGGAGUACGCGUCGUGGAGACGAAUCAGUGAUAUAAAUAGUGGUAAUGAGACUGAGGUCUUCUUACUUGAAAUAAGAUGGUUCCUGUUAAAUUGUAGUAUAAAGGACAUGUCGACCACCGGCCUGAAGCAUGUCGCAACCGAGCCGUCGCGUCUUGAGAGUAAACGAGAGCGACGGCGUGGUGCGGCGGGUCGAGCGGCUGCCUUAAGAAGAGCUCCUUCAGACUCUGACUGUUCCGGUGAAACAGCAUCCCUGUCUGCAGACAGCGGAGAUAGAUCUGUGAGACCAGCACCCCCGCCGCCGAGGAGUGGGAAGAAUAGAAACAGUCGACGUCGAGGCAGUGAAUGGGAGGUAUUAGAGGGGCUGAAAGACGGACAGCGGUUUGACAAACGACCUGAAGUUUUUAAUGGAUAUUUGCAUAAAAAGCGAAAGUGGCCGCUCAAAGGAUGGCACAAGCGUUUCUUCGUAGUAGACGGUGGUAUACUGGUCUACGCAAGGUCCCCGACGGAUGUGGCCCGCGGCCGCCUGCACGGCUCAGUAGAUGUUGGUCUUUCCGUCAUAUCCGCUAAAGCUCGCAGACGGAGGAUAGAUAUAGAUGCGGACGAAUUCAUAUACCACUUGAGAGCGAAAACGCCAGAUGUUUUCAGGACUUGGUUGAAUGUUUUGAAGGCGCAUAGAUUAUACAGGCAACAUCUACUAACGUUCGGCGCUCGAGAGUCCGUGCCUAAAAUUCAUGCUCCUUUAGAAGAUCUUCCUAUAACUGACACCUCUUCUCACAUAUCCCGUAUAAAUAUAACAAAUUCUCCAGAAGAUUUAAAACACAUCUGGAACAACCCUUGCACUUUGGUAUAUCCAGUAAGCCCUUUAGAUCCAAACUUCAACCAGAUGUACAUUAAUGAUGUUUUUGACACUCGUAAAGAAGACAACUCUAUAAGAGCUGCAAAAUAUAACGAAAAAGAAAAUGUUUUUGGAUUAAAUAAUAAACACAAAGACUUAUGUUCAAUGAAAUGCGCUAAAAAUGAUUUUGAAAAUAAUAACUCGCCUGUGUCACUGUUGACGACAGAUGCAGAAAAACAAAUGCAUAGUACUGAUUUAGAUUUAAUGUUACAAUCAGAUCCUGGUCUCCAAUCGUCUUUAUUAUGUGAGUUUGCACUAAAUUCCCCAAAUCUCAUCAAGAACGUAACAGCCAAAUCUUUAGAUCCAAAACUAAAUAUGAGCAUUUGUAAAGAAUCCAAUGAUAAGAACAAACAAGUGUGUAUUUGUGGUAAACUACAAGUUAAUCCAACAUUAUAUUUCUUUACAAGGAAAAAACAUGAACAUAUAGAUAGUUCAAAUCCUGUUAUACGAAAAAGUAAAAAGUCAACUAAUUUGGUAAAAUAUCAAAAUUUAUUUGAUGAGCCAACCCUAAAGAGACCGCUAAGUAAAUGUAUGCUAUUGGGAAAAUACAAAUUAAAAGGCAAUAAAGCAGUUCAACUAAAAACAAAUAUUGCUGCUAUUUUGAAAGACACUGACACUCAAGUUGCAAUAGACAAAAAACAUAAAAGCCUUCAAAAUUGUAUGACCGUUACCGAUUAUGAUAGUGCUGUAGAAAAACUUUUAAUUUCAAUCUGCGAUGAAUUCAAAUUAAAUGACUUUCAAGAAGUUAACAUGAAAACUUAUUUAAGUGAUAUAAUAAAAGAACUGUACGAUAUAAAAUUAAAAGAUGCCGAUAUAUAUCCUAUAAAGAAAUUAUUUGAAUAUUUGUUAGAGUAUUGGCUAAAUAAUACUUCAAAAGAAGAUAUUAAACUAAUGGUUAAACAAUCAAAGUCCAUAGACAGACAAUCAAACAAACAAUUUGCCAACGAUCAAACCACGUCUAAUGUAAAAAUUAUAAGUGCCACUAAAGCUACCCAAUUUCGUGAUAUCGAUGAAUUCAUCAAAGCAAAUGUACCUACGUCAAUAAUAUGCAUAGAUAAAGCAGGAAAUAAGAAUAAGUUAACUUAUAAAGUUGAUGAUAGUUACGGAAAAGAAAGACGUAUACAAGAAUUGGAAAAGGUUUUAAAAAAUACUGUAUAUAUCUGUGACACUAUUCGAAGUAACAAAAGUAGACAAACGGAUAUCAAAAUUACAAAAAAACUCAUUGAUAACAUCGGUAAUGUUCAUUAUAGUAAUAAUAUAAAUAAAUCUGACGAAAAUACGUCAGAUUCAUCCAAUGAGUUACUAAAAAUACAAGAAACUAUAAAUAAUUUAAUUGCUGAAACAGCGAUGCCUGCAGAUGUCGCUAAAGAGCUAUUAGGAGCAUAUUUAGAUAUAUUACGUCAAAACGAAAAUAUAGAUAUGAGCUCCUCUACAGAAGAAUCUGAGACAGAAGUCUGCUUGAUCAGGAGUGAACUUAACUGCGAUGUUCAAACUGAAUCAGUUCAGAACAAAGUUUCUAUAAGCAUAUCUACUAAAGAUUUUAAAGCCGAAGACAACAAAAAGGAAAAUGUAGAUUCGAACCAAAUAUACCUUAAAAGUGUACUAAAUAAAAUAACAACCAUUUUUUCUAUAAAUAAAGAAAAUGAAACAAAAAAUAUUGAUAAACAACACGAAGUACACAAUUGGGAUGGAAUUAAAUUCAAUAAUAUCGUGAAAGAUGAAUUAGGCAAUGUCAAAACUGAUAAUAAUUAUAAUAGUAACUCACUAGUUAUUGAUGUUUCUAAAUACGAUUUGGAGCAUAUUUCAAUGGCAAAUAACCCAAUUUAUAAAGGCAAAACGGCAAUAACCAUGAAAUUGAGAGAAAAACCUCCAAACUCUGGUGAAACCAGACCGUUUAAUGUAUGUUUAAAGUUUGCGAAUACAGUUUCUUGUGUACAAGAUAACAUAUGCUAUCAGUCUGAUUCUAAUAAAGUUUUUGAUACAAUGACUUUAGACCCACAAAAUAUUCCUGAUAAUCCAUAUAUCGAUAAUCCUUAUAAUACUGGUUUAAAACCCUAUUGUAGCAGUAGUGAUGAUUUCGAUAAAGGAAAGCUCUUAAAUAAAAUCCAAUUUAGUUAUUGUGAUAGUGAUGCGACGUCUAAAGCUCAUGCUUAUAGCGAAAAUUCGAUGUAUGACAUAAAUAAUAAUGAACACAAUGAUUCUGAACUUCCAAAAAUUAAAGAAAAUGACCCGCAAUCUUGUUUCAUAUUGUCUUUAAAGAAGGGUGCAAUAUUGCCAAAGUUACAUUCGAAAAAAGCUUUAAAAGAAAAUAUAAAUAGUACACAAAUCCAAUCAAAAUGCUCGCCUCUACCAGAAAAUGUCCAAAAUAACUUAUCAAAUUUCGAAAAUAUUCCCAAAGUAAUCGAUGAAAAUUGUAUACUAUUAUUGCUAGAAAAUCUAACAAUAUUGUCCAAAAACUUACCGACUCUUCACAAAGAACUAAAUAGUCUUUAUAUUAAAUUACGCAAAAAACGAGAUAAAGCCAAUCUCAUUAAAGCACAAGGCUUAGGUCUUCUAGGGAAAAUUUAUCACGAAGAAUCCAAUAUUAAAUGUACAAAAGAAACUGAGAUACAAUCGGAAGAAAAUCAGAAAUUGAAAACCACAAUUGACGUUGGCACUGCAACUGAUUCGAAAAUUCGAAAAACUUCAAGCAUUAAAUCUUUAAACGUCAACAAAAUAGACGUCGACCAUAAAGAUCUGCAAACUCAUGAGAUAAUUACUCCUCCAAAAAAUUUUUACUUGGAAAGAAAACAUAUUUUCAAUAUAAAGAACAAUAACAGCAGUACACAAACAACAUUCAGUAGUUUGUCUAGUGACGAAGAAGUCAAGAGAACGGACAAGGCAGUGUCCAAUCAAAGCUGGUACAGACAAAUGUGUACUAAGGACUGCGCUAUCAGCACCCUAAUAAAAUACAUAGUGGAUUCAAAUGAAAAUGUCCAAAAUUUUCGUUUUAACUCCGAUCAAAGGCAUUUCAAUUAUAAAAAUACCAAAAACCGCAAACAUUCUCAGAAAUUAAGACAAGAUUUGAUUAAAGAAAUAAACUUGCUAUCACCAUCCUUUAAAGUGUCGACGCAGUCGCAAACUGAGAAGAAAUUACGAUGUUUGAAAGACAAAAAUCGAGAUUAUAACAUUUAUCAAUUGUUUUUGAGUCAGAAAUAUAAAAUUAAACGAUCUCAGUCGUUGUUGAAACAAGCGAGAAGUGAUGAUUUGAAAACUAUAUAUCGAUGUUCAAGUGAAUCCUGUUGCUCUGGGCUGCUUAGCCCGUCUUCGCCUAUCCGUGGGCCGCAAGCCGGCUUCGUGUCGGGAACUCCUGGAGGACGUUUUGCAGGAUGGAUCCUUGAAUCCGGCGGUCCACUGGACACUGCGUCGCGCGAGCUCGGCCAAGCCCAACUCUCCGUACAACAGCUGCAAAGACUGCUUGAGGCCCUGGAACUGCAGCAGCAAGCCCACCAUGACACAGACCAGGUGUCACUGGAGGGUGCGUCGCCGAACGUCAAGAAGGACCGCCGUAAGUUCGGACUGCGGAAGAAGAAGUCUAACAGCAAGUGCGCUUCGGUGGACCUGCAGCCGCCACACAUAGACCCCUCUAAUUCACAUAUGGCACUCUCGGCUCUGACGGCGCCCCCGUCGCCGGGAGGCGGGGGUUCGAUGCCCGCGUCCGCCGCGUCGCUCCCCAUCGCGUUUCUAUCUACAUUUCUGGCCUCCACUUUAGUUCCCUGUUCAGCAACUCGUCCACAAUCGCUUCCAGGGGCAGAGGUCCUCAAUGCUCCAGCUAGCCUCAGCAGCCUGACUCCCGACCAGCAGUUGAGGGAAGAUUUCACGGUCCUGGCGAAAGAUCUGGUUGCUAGCCUGAAGGGUGUUGUGGCUACUUUGAUAAGGGAGCGCGGUCGCCUGCGCGCGGGGUCGGGGGAGGGCGCGCCCUUGCUGCAGGCGCUACGGACGGACCUGUCCACUGCGUUACAGCAGAAUUCGGAGCUGCGGUCGCGGCUGUCGCGCAUACACGACGCCUCCGACCUCGCAGAGAUGUCGUCCAUGGCGCACGACUGCGACCAGGCGAACCGACCGUUCCAGCACUCGCUAAGCUACAGCUCGUCGUGCGUCUCUGCCUCAGAGUUCUUCGAUGCAGAGGAGCACGACGAGGAUCUCAAGCAAAAUGAGAUACUGAAUGCUAAUGAGGCCGGUGUGAUAGAGCUGGACGGCGACUCUUCGUCCGAGGCCGGCUCCCUCAGCAGUGAGGAAGGCUCCGCCAGCUCUGACAACUCCGAUGCGGCCAUGGUAUCAGCAGAGCAGUGCGCAACUCGAGGGACAGAUGGGUCGGGGGGUGUUGGGGGUGGCGGUGGUGGUGGAGGUGGGGGGUGGACGCGGCGCACGCGCCUGCCCAGCCCCCGACCCUCGCCGGGGGGUCCCAGCCUCUGGAACCUUCUGUACAAGAACAUCGGCAAGGAUCUAAGCCAAGUGUCCAUGCCGGUCACUAUUAAUGAGCCGUUGAAUAUGCUCCAGCGGCUGUGCGAGGAGCUGGAGUACUCGGAGCUGCUGGACGCGGCGGCGGCGGCGGCGGGCGGCGCCGAGCGCUGCGCGCUGGUGGCCGCCUUCGCCGUGAGCGCGUACGCCGCCGCCGCGCACCGCGCCGCCUCCAAGCCCUUCAACCCGCUGCUGGCCGAGACCUACGAGUGCGUGCGCGCCGACCGCGGCUUCCGCUUCCUCGCCGAGCAGGUGUCGCACCACCCGCCGGUGUCGGCGUGCCACGCGGAGUCGCCGCGCUGGGUGUUCUGGCAGGAGGCUCGCAUCAAGACCAAGUUCUGGGGCAAGUCCAUGGAGUUCCAGCCCGCCGGCCGCGUGCACGUCACGCUGCUGCCCAGCGGCGACCGCUACAGCUGGAACAAGGUGACGACGUGUGUGCACAACCUGUUCGGCGGCCAGCGCUGGGUGGACCAGUACGGCGACAUGCACAUCACCUGCCACGACACCGAUAUAUCUUGUAAACUUAACUUUGUCAAGGCGAGCUCGUGGUCGAGCAGCCGGCACGAGGUGCGCGGCGCGGUGGCGGCGGGCGGCGCGCGCCUGCGCCUGGCCGGCCGCUGGUCCGAGGCGCUGUACGCCGGCGACCCGCCCGCCGCGCGCUGUCUCUGGCGCCCCGGCGCGAUGCCGCCGGAGCACGAGCUGUACUACGGGUUCACGCGCUUCGCCAUGGAGCUGAACGAGCUGGAGCCCGGCAUGCGCGACCUGCUGCCGCACACCGACACCAGGCUCAGGCCCGACCAGCGCGCGCUGGAGGAGGGCGACGUGGACGCGGCGGAGGCUUUCAAGCACCAGCUGGAGCAGGCGCAGCGCGAGCGCCGGCGCGACGGCGGCGACCACGCGCCCGCCUGGUUCCGCAAUAACAACACUUUUCGUAUUGCAGCAAGACCGUGGAGGGCGGUGAGGAGACGUGGACGUUCACGGGCGCGUACUGGAAGGCGCGUGAAGCGGGCUUCCCGGGCCUCGCCUCGCCGCGCCUCUGGUGACUCCUGGCCGAUUGCCGUGCGGCGGCGCAGUGCGAGGUUCUCUGCUAGGUUGUGCUUCGCU